AUGUCAGAUUUACAUUUAUCAACUCUUGAAAUUUCAAAUUUGAAAUCUUCAUGGAAUAAAAUUAAUAAUAAAAAUGAUUUUUAUUCGCUAUUAUAUCAAAAUUUAAUUAUAUCAAAUCCAAAGUUAAAAUUAAUUUUUAAUAAUGAUUCUUCAAUUAUUGAAAAUCAUUCAAUUAUAUUUGGUGACUGUUUUAAUUUUGUUAUGUCAAAUUUAAGAGAUUUAAUUUUAUUAGACGAAUUUUUAUAUCAGUUUGUUUUAGAAAAUCAAAGAUGGUCUCAAAUGUCUACUAAAUAUUUAGAACCAAUGGGUAAUUCGUUAAUUGAAACUUUUAAAGAAGAAUUGGGUAAUCAAUUUACUAGUAUUUUAGAAUUAGUUUGGAUUAAAUUAUAUGUUUUUAUUGCAAAUUCAUUAUUAACUUAUGAAGAAGAAAUUUCAAUUGAAAAUAAUUCACAUUUAAAUUCAACAGAAGAUGAAGAAAUUGAAAUUCCACCUUUAAAUAUUCAAAGAGAAAGAAGAGGUUCAAUUAUAAGUAAUAAUAACAAUAAUAAUUUAUUACCACCAACUCCAAUUGAAGAAAAACCAAUUAUGAAACAAAAUGUAUUAGUUAGUUCAAAUGAAAGAGAAAUUAAACAACCACAAAUUUUGGAUUCUUUUAAUUCAAUUGAAAUUGAUUUAAAAUCAAAUACAAAAUAUAAAGGUUUUAGAAGAUCUAUCGACGUUGCAAGUUCACCAAUUCAAGUUGCAAUUCCAAAAACUAAUUCAUUUUCAUCAAAUAUUUCAAGUUCUUUGAAAAGUUUAUUACAAGAUAAUUCAAAUAUAAAUGAUGUUGAUAGUUUUAUUACCCCAAUUUCAACACCAACAAAAUCAAAAUUUGAUCCAAGACCAAAAUCAAAAUUAAGAUCAUCAAAACCUGGAUCAAGCGCUAGUUCAAUUAAUGAUAAAUGGUCAUCAUCAUCAUUAUCAUCAUUAUCACCUGAACCUGAAACUGAUGAUGAAGAAUUUAAAACUCCUGAGAUUAGUAGAAGAAAUUCAUUUGAAAAACCACCAAGUUCAUUAUUGGAUAGAGUACAACAUCAACAAGCUCAACAACAACAAGUUCAACAACAACAAGUUCAACAACAACAACAAGUCCACCAUCAUCACGUACAUCAAGAUUUAAAUGCUCAAUCAUUUGGAUUAAAAGGUCUAGCACCAAUUGUUGAAGAUGAUUCAGAUUCAGAUUCAGAUUCUUCUAAAUAUUCAAAUGGUGAAAAAUUAAGUACUACAUCAUCAUCAACUGGUCAAGAUUCAAAUUCAAGAAGUUCUUCAUUAUCAUUAUAUCAUCAAAGAUCAACAUCAACAUCAACAGCAUCUGAUGAUUUUAAUUUCUUACCUCCAUCAAUUCCAAAAACUGUUAGAAAACAAUCACCUCCACAACAACAACAACAAGCUCCAAAAAUUGGAAUGCUUAGAAGUUAUUCCACAACAUCAUUAAAUUCAGCAACUCCAAGUAGUACUACAGCAUCUAUUGGAUUUAUGAAUUCAUCAUAUAUUCUUAAAAAUCAAAUGAAUAAACAAGGACCAUCAUCUAUUAAAUCACAACCUUCAACACCAAGAAUAUCUGCUCAUCCAUCAACUACAAGUUUGAAUUUACAACAACCAAAUCCAAGUUUUCUUAAAUCUACAAAUUCAUUUCAAAGUGCAAAAUCAAGUGCAUUUGAUUAUAAUAAUAAUAGUAAUAGAUCUCCAUCAAUGACUUCUUCAAUUCCUAAUGGAUUAAAUUAUAAAUCAAUAAAGAUUGAACCACCAAAGAAACAAAGUUUUAGACAAAGAUUAUCAUCAUUUUUUGGUUCUAGUUCAAAAUCAUCAAUUUCACAAGUUUCAACUGCUCCUUCAUCAAUUAGAACAAUUGAUUAUUCAAAAUUACCAACAAAAUCAAAUGAAUCAAUAAUACCACCAAAAUCAAUUAAUUAUUCUUCACAUGUUAGACCACAAUCUGUAUUUUCAUCAAGUGGAGGUAAGACUAUUAAAUAUGGUGCUUCAACAACUGAUUUAACAUCAAUGUAUUCUAAUGAAAGUACUACAUCUGGUUUUUCAUUAUUUAAAAAGAAGAAUAAAAAUAAUGAUAUUAAAUUUGUUCCUCCACCAACUAGACAUACUAGAAAAGGUAAUAAAUAUAACGUUAAAAAAGUUCCAUAUGAUAUCUUUGCCUAA